UGGUGGCUGGAACACAGGAAAUGACGAUGGAUGUUGACCUGAUGGAAGAACUCCCAUCCCUGUGAGACCAGCUUCGGUUCAUACUUAGGAGUGUAAAUGCCCCCACAAACGGGUGAUGGUGGCAUCUAGGAAAAGGAAAACCCUUCGUACUGUCUGAGAACAUGCUGGCAAUCACUUCACAGCUUGCGGCUUCUGAAGUUAAGAUCCACACCUUUUCCGUCGCCAAGGAAGUGCGGCCAGGUCACUGCGUGGCCAUCAGGUGCCAGACAAGAAGAGAUGCGGCUGUGAGAGAGACAGACACGGUCCCUACCGCCACGGGGCUCCGUUGCCAGGAAGAUGGCGUCCUAAAGUACAUUCCUGAUCGGGUAUCCGACUGCAGGAAGCACCGUGAGGGAGGCCCCGUGGUUGCUGGCUUCCUGCACAUUACUGGGGCCUGAUCGAGAUUUCAGGCUAAGCAUGGUGGUGAUGAGUAGCCUGAGGGCCAUUCUGCAGGCCUCUCCAUGCAGGUCACCGUGGAGAAGAUUCCAGAUCCCCAGCUUCCUGCCGGCGCGGCCCUGCAGCCUCUACACCUGCACGUACAAAGCCCGGAACCGAGCCUUGCACCCGCUCUGGGAGAGCGUGGACCUGGUCCCGGCGGGCGAGCGCCAGUCGCCCAUCAACAUCCGGUGGAGGGACAGUAUCUAUGAUCCAGCCCUAAAACCGCUCACCAUCUCUUACGACCCGACCACCUGCCUCCAUGUCUGGAAUAACGGGUACUCCUUCCUUGUGGAAUUCGAAGAUUCUACAGAUAAGUCAGUGAUCGAGGGAGGACCCCUGGAACACAACUACCGGCUGAAGCAAUUCCAUUUUCACUGGGGGGCCGUUGAUGCUUGGGGCUCUGAGCACACCGUGGACAGCAAAUGCUACCCGGCAGAGCUGCACUUGGUCCAUUGGAAUGCAGUCAAAUUUGAAAACUUUGAGGAUGCAGCACUGGAAGAAAAUGGCUUGGCUGUGAUAGGAGUAUUUUUAAAGCUAGGAAAACAGCACAAAGAGCUGCAGAAAUUGGUGGAUACUUUGCCAUCCAUCAAGCAUAAGGACACCCUUGUGGAGUUUGGCUCGUUUGAUCCUGCCUGCCUGAUGCCCGCCUGCCCAGAUUACUGGACCUACUCGGGGUCCCUGACUACCCCGCCACUCUCCGAGUCUGUCACCUGGAUCAUUAAGAAGCAGCCCGUAGAGGUUGAUCAUGAUCAGCUUGAGCAGUUUCGGACCCUGCUUUUCACUUCAGAGGGGGAGAAAGAGAAAAGAAUGGUGGACAAUUUCCGCCCCCUUCAGCCCCUAAUGAAUCGCACUGUCCGCUCUUCCUUCCGUCAUGAUUAUGUACUGAAUAUACAGGCGAAACCCCAGCCCUCGACUAGCCAAGCGACUUCCUAGGACGUUCAUUAUCUAGGCGGUACUUUGCUUUAAUGAAUAGCUUUUUAGAGAUUGCUAACUGGACUAUUCUACACGCCUGCCUUUAAUAAUAAUUGUUGAUGCGCAUUUCUUGGUGUGGCCGUGUUCCUUCAGCCUUUGAGGAAAGCUCUUUGGUAAAUAAGUUCUUAACUUUUAUCGAUAAUGAUGUUUAACACUGACGUAGCAGUAAGAGACACAAGUUUAUCCUACAGCGACCUGUUGGUAAUUGCAAUGUCUUUUUCUGUCUGAUAUUUCUGAGUUGUCUUCUUGUGUUUAUUAGUUAGUAACUCUAUAGAGUUAUAAGUAGGGAUGGUAAUCAAAAUAUUGAACACUGGUGAGGCACAGACACUGACCAUCAAGAACGUAGGCCUUUCAGAAAGGGCCCCAAGGCCCAGACUGGUACUUCCUGGCUAGCUGAACAUAACCAUGGUUUUAGGGAUAUUUCAUUUCAAAAUCUGAAUGUAUAUUCUUUUAUAAGGCCUUCUCAACGAGUAUAUUUGCCCGAUCUUUAGUUGUUAUCCCUCAUACAUGACAUACUUACUUACCUACUAUCAAUUUACGACCUAGAAAAAUAUUUUGUAGUUCUAAGAAAACAAGAAUUUACUUAUAACCGGGAAUCCUUGUGCAUGUCUGAAGAUCAAAUAUUUUACUUCAAGACCCGACCAUAUAGAAAGCAUAUGCAGAACAUUUUAAGGAAAAUGCUUGAAGUUCCUAGAAUUUAACAUUCUUUCAUGCUUUAUUUAGAGAAAUCUUUUUCAAAAGACUAUUAAUAUAACAGUCUAUAGUUUAUACUGUUAUUUUACGUUGUUUGUACACUGUUUCAUAGAAUAUAAUAUUUUCCACAAUGACAGAACUAUCUUGCUUUCCCUUGAAAACUGCCUGAACUUUAUUCCGUUAGUUGAGGUUCUGUGUAAGGCAUGUGCUCAACAUAAAUCUUCAGUUAAUGUAAUGGUUUAAAUGACCUCCGCUACAGUAGUAAGGAGAGAAAAUUAACAGGCUAAAAUCUACAGAAUUCUACGUAUUUUGGGGAAUCCAUGCCAUUGUUGCCUUUGCUUGUAAAUAACUUGGAAUGUUUCUCGUUGCCUCUAAGCCUGUGUUCAAACUCAAUAUUGCAUUUACUAGUGAUAUUUCUUCCAUUAGUAUGCUGGUCAUCUGAUCUGCAAGGUUGGAUGAGUAGACUUGACACUACUGAAUGAUACACUGAAAAAGGUUAAGAUAGGAGAUUUUAUAUGUAUUUUAACACAGUUAUAUAUAAAUAAUACAUUCAGUAGAAAAAAAAAGAGGGUUGGAGUCAUAUAUGUAAGUUUCAGGGGAAAACCUGCUAUUAAAAAAGGGAGAGGGGGCUCCAGGGUGCCCCAGUCCAUUAAGCAUCAGACUCUUGAUUUCAGCUCAGGUCAUGAUGAUCUCACGGUUCAUGAG